CGGAUAUGGCCAUCUGAAGACAGUGUAAAUGUUAGUUCCGUGCCGACGUUCAUCUGAACGAUUGGUAACCAAUGCCGGCUUACUGUUUAUUACAUAAUUGAUAUAUGUCAAAAACUUUAAGAUGAGGAAAGUUGUUUUGGUGACCGGUGCAAACAGUGGCAUUGGCCUUGCCUUGUGUGAGCGGCUUCUGACUCAGGACAGUCAGCUCCAGCUGUGCCUGGCCUGCAGGAACAUGCACAGGGCCGAGGCGGCCCAACAUGCUCUACUGACCUCUCACCCCGAGGCUGAAGUGGCUGUGCUUAAUCUAGAUGUGGGCAACAUCCACUCAGUUCUCCGCGCAGCCCAAGAUGUCAAACUAAGGUAUAACAGACUAGAUUACAUCUACCUUAAUGCAGGGAUCAUGCCCAAUCCUCAGCUGGAUUUCAAAGCCUUUUUCAAGGGUCUCUUCUCAAGCAAUGUUAUCAAUAUGUUUGCAACAGCUGAGGGCAUUCUUACCCAAAAAGACAACAUUACCUCCGAUGGACUACAGGAGGUUUUUGCCACCAAUCUAUUUGGACAUUUCCUUUUGGUCAGAGAGCUGGAGCCUUUAUUGUGUCAGCCUGAUAAAGCCUCCCAGGUGAUCUGGACAUCGUCUAGCAAUGCCCACCGAUCGGCCUUCAGUCUGGAGGACCUUCAGCACCAGAAGGGCACAGAGCCUUACAGCUCCUCCAAGUAUGCGUCAGACCUGCUCAGUGUAGCCCUGAACCGCAAACACAACCAGCAGGGUGUGUAUUCCUCUGUGAUUUGCCCAGGACUGGUGAUGACCAAUCUGACCUAUGGGAUCCUGCCAUCCUUCUUCUGGACACUCAUCAUGCCCAUUAUGUGGCUGAUUAGAAUCUUCACCAACACGUUCACCUUGACACCAUACAACGGAGCAGAGGCAUUGUUCUGGCUGUUCAUGCAGAAACCUGAGUCCCUGGAUCCUCUGGUCAAAUACCACAGUUUGACCUCAGGGCUCGGCAACAACUACACUCAGCCUCACAAGAUGGAUAUUGAUGAAGACACGUCAGAAGCCCUUUAUGAGAAGCUGCGAGACCUUGAAGACAAAUUACGGAGGAAACUGGCAGAGGAAGAACAUCAGAAUCAAUAAAAUACAGCAUCAGCAAUAUGAACAAAAUCCUAUAAUCUGAAGGACUGUUUUGGUCCCAACUCAAAGACACUCAAAUGCCAUUUGGUUUUCACACUUCAGGUCUUUUGGUCUAGUUCACACCUAAGGAUGCAAUACACAACACAUAGUUGGCUCAUCAGACCUUUAUUUGCCAAAUUCAUCAAGGAAACCAUGCUCAUGAUUAUGGCAAGCCUUUGCAAUACUUUCCUCUUUUGACAAUUCACCAAAAUGUACUCAAUAGUUAUUUUAUUUAUUGCUGUCAAAUUUCACCAAUUAAUAACAUAUUGGUCAUUCAUAUUUUCACUGACAGCAACACUUAUUUGCAAUAGAAAUGUGGGUUAUUGCCUCUUUUUUAAAUUAGCCUUCUAAAACAAACUAAAAACGUUAUAAAAAUUCUAAAAGCUUAAAGCUUGGGGGAACUCAACACUGAAGCUUAAUCUUUCUAAUCAGGUUGUGUAAAAUGUACUGUGACCUUUAGAAGAGUUGUAAGGUAGGUUAAACAUUCCAAUCCUAGUUUGGGGAGUCUGUUUGGCUCGGAGGAUGCCACAUUAGCUCUAGCAUUCCUUCACGUGUGACUAACCCUUUCUCACUCAGCUCGCAGCAGGUUGGACGGGCAGCAAUAGGUUACAGGGAUAAAAAGAUGAGGUCUAAUCCUCUUAAGAGUGUCAGUGGUGACAGUACACUUCUGGAAGCAAACUCAAUAUGCACAAGUCUGCAUCUAGCAUACAUCCUGGUGACAAAAUUGUUCUGUUUCAAAACCACAACUGGCCCCAACUAUCAGUCCUAGGGUUGUGAACUGUUCUCUGGCUGGACCACUGUUAGCUGCGCUGAUUUGAAUGAUGUCACUCUCAGCCUCUCUGUUCUGUUGUGAGCACAGAGCAGCCCUCUGGAAUCAGAUAAUGGACUGGCUGGGGCAGAGGGACACUGAGUCUGCAGUGUCAUCACCUUCUAUUGCCUCGACCUGGGUCGACAUGGCAACUCUGGCACAAUAGCUGACUAUUCGAUUCUCUGGUUCUCUUAAUAUAUACAGUUGAGUGCAACAGUUUACAUUCUUCUUAUACUUUGAAACUGAUAAAAAAUGACCUCUACUAGGGCACUCUUCUUUUUUUGGCUUCUGUGCCUUUGCAGAUAAUGACCUUGAUAGAGAAAUAAAUACAGUUGUUGGCCUAUUCUAUAGCAAGCUACCAUCUUGUUAGCAAGCUUUACUAAAAAAAAAAAAAACAUUUGAGUUGUACAGUGUGGGCUUGACUGUAAGGAUGUAAAAUUGUAUUUCACUUCCCACUUGUGUUUUUUCAUAUUUUCAAUAGCAGAAUCCCCAAAAUAGCCUCGGUCAUGCUCAUUGUGGAUUAAUAAAAGGUAGUUUUUGAGAAAGAUGCUGCAACACUCAGCAGCAAAGGUGUGUUAGGAGUACCUUUAUCUGCAUUUACAAAAUAAGCAAUGACUGUGCAAUAUGUGAUCUGUUAUGCUAGAGGUUAUGUUCAUAUGUCUAUUUUUCUAUACAAUGAAACUGUGAUGUAUAGUAAUUAUAAGCAGAAGCGUAAUAAAAACCUUGGAAAUGA